UUCAAUUCUAUUUACCUAUAUUUAGGAACGUAAAAACGAUCUUUUCCUUUAACCCAUCUUAAUGGGCAUUCUCGGCACCUAAAGUUCCGAGUGGGAAAGACACUUAGUUCAAAAGAAGAGACAAUUCUGAUAUUUUUGUAAAAUUACAAAAUGGCCGUGGCUGAAAUCAACCUUCAUUGAUAAUCUUCCUGUACGCAGUCGUUCUCCAAACCCUUGAACCACAAUGAAUGGGUUGUAUUCGUCUUCUUCCUCACGAUUGCAAGGGGCAAGAGUAGGAGCUGCAGAGAAAUGGAUAUCAUCCCAGGUUGGGGUUGGAGGCACACCCACUUCUCCACCUUCCUCCUUAAACAAAGACACCACCACCAAUGGUAAUGGUUUUUUGAGUGGUGUGAAGAAGGAGCAGUUGUACGAGGCAUACAAUGAACUACACGGGCUUGCACAGGAGCUGGAGAAGGGGUUGGAGGCCCCUGCAAUUGUGGUGGUUGGACACCAGACAGAUGGGAAGAGUGCUCUCAUUGAAGCUCUCAUGGGUUUUCAGUUCAAUCAUGUAGGAGGAGGAACAAAGACACGAAGGCCCAUUACUCUCCACAUGAAGUACAAUGCAGCUGCUCAACACCCCAUCUGCUACCUUCUCUCUGAAGACAAUCCUCCUCAGCACCAGGACAAAACUUUGGAGGAUAUUCAGGCUUACAUAGAAGCUGAAAAUAUGCGGCUGGAGCAGGAAUCUUGUCAGUUUGCAGCAAAAGAAAUAAUUAUAAAAAUAGAGUACAAGUACUGUCCUAACUUAACUAUUAUUGACACACCUGGUUUGAUUACUGCUGCACCGGGCCGUAAAAAUCGGAUUUUACAGGCUCAAGCACGUGCUGUAGAGGCACUUAUUCGAACCAAGAUGAAACAUAAAGAAUUUAUUAUAUUAUGCCUUGAAGAUUGCAGUGAUUGGAGCAAUGCUACCACACGGAGAGUUGUUAUGCAGGUUGACCCUGAGAUGUCUCGAACUGUGAUGGUUUCAACAAAACUGGAUACGAAAAUUCCUCAGUUUGGGCGGUCUCUGGAUGUGGAAUUGUUUAUUAAGCCACCAACUCCUGUUCUUGAUGGAAAUAUCUUGGGAGAAACUCCUUUUUUCACAUCAGUGCCGUCAGGAAGAGUAGGCAUGAAUAGGGAUGCAGUUUAUAGAUCAAAUGAUGAAUUCAAAGAAGCAGUUGCCUCAAGAGAAGCACAGGAUAUAGCUGCUUUGGAGGAUAAGUUAGGACGGCCUUUGUUCAAGGAAGAGCGUGCCAGAGUUGGUGUUAGCAGACUCGGGUGUUUUUUGGAAGAGCUUUUACAACGAAGGUACAUGGAUAGUGUUCCAUUAAUUGUUCCCCUUUUGGAUAAGGAGUCACGGAAUAUCACAAGAAAGCUACAGCAGAUAGUGCAGGAAAUUGGCAAUCUGGAUGAAAUAAAACUGAAAAAGAAGGGUCGUCUUUUCCGUGAUUCCUUCCUUGCCAAGCUCUCAUUGCUAUUGAAGGGAACUGUUGUAGCUCCUCCUGAUCAAUUUGGAGAGACACUGCAAGAUGAACGAGUUCAUGGAGGAGCAUUCUUGGGGCCAGAUGGUGUUCAGAUCCCUUACAAACUUAUGCCUAAUGCAGGAAUGCGUCUUUAUGGAGGUGCCCAGUAUCAUAGAGCUAUGGCAGAAUUCCGUUAUGUUGCUGGCGGCACAAAGUGUCCACCUAUCAGUUGUGAGGAGAUUGUCAAUGCCUGUGGCGUUGAAGAUAUCCAUGAUGGAACAAAUUAUUUCAGAACUGCUUGCGUAAUAGCUGUAGCAAAAGCACGCGACACGUUUGAGCCCUUUCUUCAUCAACUAGGGUUCAGGCUAUCCCAUAUUUUAAGGAGACUACUUCCGAUUACUCUCUAUUUACUUCAGAAAGAUGGGGAAAACCUAAGUGGGCAUGAUAUGUUUGUAAAACGUAUUACAACUGCAUUUUACUCAUUUGCUGAGGCAACAGAACGGGUGUGUCGAGAAAAAUGUAUGGAAGACCUUAUGAGUACAACACGCUAUGUCACCUGGUCACUCCACAAUAAGAAUCGAGCUGGGCUGCGUCAGUUUCUAGACUUCUUUUCAAGUAGUGAGCAGGCAACUCUUAACAGUGCUACUAUAGCUGGGACAAGCUCUCAGGAUUUGAUAGUUGGACUCACUGGAAAUGGCAGCAAGCAAGAAAAUAAGCCCCGUCCAGAUAUAAAACCUGACCAAGCCAUGAACACCACAGAGUCAGUAGGAAAUCAAACAUCUGAAAUGCGACUUGUUGACUUAUUGGAAAGCAAUCUUUGGAAUCGUAAAAUUGCACCUUCUUCUGAACAAAUUGUGAAUGCUCUAGUAGCACAAAUUUUUCAAGGCAUCAGGGAUCAUUUUGUGGCCUCUGCAGAACUAAAGUUUAACUGCUUCUUCCUUAUGCCAGUAGUGGACAAGUUUCCAGCACUUCUAUGUGAAGAUUUAGAGGCUGCAUUUGAAGAUGGCUUGGAUAAUGUAUUUGAUGUGGUAUAUGCAAGACAAAAUUUAACAAAUCAGAAGAAGGAUCUUGAAAUUGAGCUCCAAAGGGUUAAAAGACUUGAAGAUAAAUUUAUAGCCAUCCAUCAUGAUCUAAGUGCAAAUGAAUCUCCAUCUAAUUCUGACAAGGAUGUUUUUAAUGAUAUCGCCAUGUUAAACAUUUCUGAGAGAAUUUAGUGGCAAUCCUACAUUGUAUGAGAAUAUUUUAGAAUAUCCCAAUUGAACAGUGAUCAAACGCAAUUUUAAAAUCUUAUUGUUUUAUUCUCGGGAGAAUCAUGGUUGUAGAUUUCUCCAAGAUUCAAUUUGUUUGUUAUAUAACUACAGACUGAAAACUUUUUAGUCAUAUUCAAAGUAUGUUUUGUUCAAAUAGACAGUCUCAAUACAAUGUUUCAAAUUUUCAAUG